AUGGUUGCCUUUGGUGAUUUAAUAAGGUCCAUAUCGCUCCCCCUCUCAUGUUGUAUGUUGUUUCACGCUGCCACGCCAGACCGCAUGGAACGUGGACUACCCUUUCCUGGUCGCGUCAAAUGUGGUCGCACAUCAAAGGAAACCUCCCCUGUGGAGUUUUUACGGGGUGCAUCGUCAAUAGUUCAAGUAGCGUUCGAAUUUUGUGCGAGCUUUUGA